UCCUACCCACUCCACAGAUCUCUGUGUCUAAGAGCGGCCUCUCGUUUUUUUGUUGCUGCAAUGGCGACUCCGGUGAAAAGCCCUAUUCUUCUCAGUCUCGUCGCUCUUACCAUUCUCUCAAUUGUUUCUGCGGAAGUGUAUUUCGAAGAACGCUUCGGAGAUGGAUGGGAGAACCGGUGGGUCAAAUCUGACUGGAAGAGAGAUGAAAAUACGGCUGGGGAGUGGAAUUACACUUCCGGUAAAUGGAAUGGAGACCCUAAUGAUAAAGGCAUCCAAACGAGUGAAGACUACCGGUUUUAUGCAAUCUCAGCUGAGUUCCCUGAGUUGAGCAAUAAGGAUAAGACUUUGGUUUUCCAAUUCUCUGUAAAGCAUGAGCAAAAGCUUGAUUGCGGUGGUGGCUACAUGAAGCUUCUUAGUGGUGAAGUAGAUCAAAAGAAAUUUGGUGGAGAGACCCCCUAUAGUGUCAUGUUUGGACCAGAUAUCUGUGGCUUCAGUACCAAGAAAGUUCAUGCUAUCCUUACACGCAAUGAUACGAACCACUUGAUCAAGAAGGAUGUUCCUUGUGAGACUGACCAACUGACUCAUGUUUAUACUUUCAUACUCCGGCCCGAUGCAACGUAUAGCAUCCUUAUUGACAAUGUGGAGAAACAAUCUGGGAGUUUAUAUAGUGAUUGGGAUAUUCUCCCUCCAAAGAAAAUCAAAGACCCUGAAGCUAAGAAACCAGAGGAUUGGGAUGACAAAGAAUAUAUCCCCGAUCCUGAAGAUAAAAAGCCUGAGGGUUAUGAUGACAUUCCAAAGGAGAUUCCUGAUACUGAUGCCAAGAAGCCAGAGGAUUGGGAUGAUGAGGAAGAUGGUGAAUGGACAGCACCAACCAUUCCAAACCCAGAGUACAAGGGUCCGUGGAACCCAAAGAAAAUAAAGAACCCUAACUACAAGGGGAAAUGGAAGGCACCUAUGAUUGACAACCCAGAUUUCAAGGAUGACCCAGAUAUUUAUGUUUUUCCCAAAUUGAAAUAUGUUGGCAUUGAGUUGUGGCAGGUAAAAUCAGGAACAUUGUUUAACAAUGUUUUAGUUUGCGAUGAUCCGGAAUAUGCAAAAAAGUUCGCUGAAGAAACAUGGGGCAAAAACAAAGAUGCUGAGAAGGCAGCAUUUGAUGAGGCUGAGAAAAAGAGAGAAGAGGAGGAAGCAAAGGAUAAUCCAGUUGACUCUGAUGAUGAUAAUGAGGAUGAUGAAAGUGACGAUUCCGAAGGUGAUAAAGCUGAUAGUGAUGAAGCUGAAGACAAGGCCGAUGAUGAUGAAGAUGUGCAUGAUGAACUGUAGUGUGGAUCUCCUGAGAAAUUAUGAAGGCAGUUUAUUCUAGGGAUAACUUCGGGUGGUUUAGGCUCGACAAAAAUUUUCCUGUUUAUGUUUUUUUUUGCUUUCUUUUUUGGUUGUAGGAAACCUCUUUAUAGUGAGGAAUGUUUACAGCUGCAUGCAUUCAUGUGGCU